AUGGUCGAUUUUCGCGGCACAAACUCAGACCAAGAUAUGGACUAUGCAUUGUAUCCAACUCAAAUUGUGCAAAAUAGUGAUGACAACAUUGGAAAUCAAAGUAAUAUUACCAAGGCACCUAAGGAUCCUGAGGAUGAAUUUGUGAUGGAACCUCGAAUCACAUGCAUGUUAAAGGAUGCAUAA